GCGAGUCAGAGGGCGCUCCUGCUGAGACGUUUGGGGAUCUGUACCCGUCUGCUGGUGGUGCUGCAGGCGGGAACAGCUCCUCUGCUUCUAGACCAACCUCUGCUGCCUCUUCUGCUGCCUCCCCUGCUCGUGCUCCUCCCCUCAGCUGCAGCAGCAACAGCAGCAGCAUGGCUUCUCCCGGUAUUCCAGGCAAUCCCGCAGCAGCUGGGGCAGGAACAGCUGGGAGUCCGUUUCGCAAGCCCUUCCCGCCCCUCCCUGCUCUCCAGAUUCCGUUUAGUACCGCAGAGAGUCCCCGCGCGCCUCCCCCUGCCGUGCACCCCUCCAUGCUCUCCCCUGCCAGUUUGGAGGCAGCCAUUAAGGGCAAAGGUGGGGCUCUUCCCACUGGGGGUAUAACAAUUCCCACAGAGGGAGGGCUGGGGGGUGGGGGAGGUGGAGGGGGAGGAGGAGGGGGAGGGGGGAUGGCUGGGGGUUCAGGGGAGAAGGGUGGGAAGGUGCGAGAGCCUGCUAAGAAGGUGAAGAAGCCGCAGCAAGGGGAGGAGAGGGGCCGGUCUGUGCCAGGGCCGGCAGCUGCAGCAGGAGGAGGAGGGGAGGGAAGAGGGGGGGAGGGAAGGGGAGGAGGAGGUGCAACGAAGGUUGUUGCUUCCAGGUCUUUGGAGAGUGAGGGUGGCGGUGGGAAGAUGCGAGGGAUUAGAAAGAGCCAAACCACCAAGCAGUAA